GUGCGGUGGUUUCAUCUAAAGUCGCAACAAACAAACGGAAUAAGGACGAGGAUGGAUCACGUCUGGGGCCGCAUCUUUUUCGCCACAAUAGUUAUCACAGACAGAAUCGGCCAGUCCCAGUCCUUCAACGUUGGCACUUCAGGAGCGAAGAUUUUCAGAGGCUCUGCUAAAGAGGAGUUUGGCUACACAGUCCAACAGUCAAUAAACCACGAGGGCAAAUGGCUCCUGGUUGGAGCUCCUUGGAGUGGUUUCAGUGGAAACAGGAAGGGGGAUGUUUACAAGUGUCCGGUCUCAGGAUCCAGAACCAGCUGUGACAAGCUAAAUCUUCAAGAUUCUGUUGAUAUUCCAAAUGUUCGAAACGUCAAUGUGAACAUGUCCCUGGGUUUGACUCUCGCCCAGAUGCCUGCAGGCAGUGGUUUGAUGAUGUGUGGUCCUCUUUGGGGGCAGCGGUGCGGCGAUCAGAACUUCUACCCGGGAAUAUGUGCAAAAUUAAACGCCCUCUUCCAGCCUCAGCCAGCCUUCUCUCCUGCUGUCCAGACAUGUGGGGGACCGAUGGACAUUGUGAUUGUUUUGGAUGGCUCUAACAGCAUCUUUCCCUGGGAACCCAUGAGAGAUUUCCUGAUGAAAUUAAUACCCUCUCUAGACAUCGGGCCGCAAAAUACGCAGGUCAGUGUCAUUCAGUACGGAGUUGAGGUCCAGGUUGAAUUCUACCUGAACACGUACAGAACCAAAGAUGAGGUUCUUGCUGCAGCAUCUCAAAUAACACAACUGUAUGGAACUUCAACCAAUACGUUCAAAGCCAUUCAAUUUGCCAGGGAGUGGGGUUUCGAUCCAAGAAAUGGUGGGCGACCCGGUGCUGCCAAAGUCAUGGUGGUUGUCACUGACGGCGAGUCUCAUGAUUACGCUCUCAGAGACGAAGUCAUCGCUGACUGCGACAGGCAACGCAUCACCCGCUUUGGUAUCGCGGUUUUGGGUUACUACAUCAGAAAUAACAAAGAUACAACAAGCCUUAUUGCAGAAAUCAAAUCCAUCGCCAGUUUACCCACAGAGAGGUACUUCUUCAAUGUGUCAGAAGAGGCCGCACUAACCACCAUCACUGGAACCCUGGGGAACCGCAUCUUCAACAUAGAGGGAACGGGGAAAGGGGGAGACAACUUUAAGAUGGAGAUGUCUCAAGUUGGCUUCAGCGCUCACUACUCCAGCAAGCAGGAUGUGAUGAUGCUCGGUGCGGUGGGAGCUUACGCUUGGAGUGGGACUGUCGUCCACCAGACGGGAUCAAAAGUAAACAUUCUCCCUUACUCGGCCUUUGAGAGAACAUUGCAAGACAGAAACCACAGCUCAUUACUCGGUUAUUCUGUCACUACGAUGACCGAUGGCUCGACAGAGUACUUUGUAGCUGGCGCUCCUCGCUCCAACCACUCUGGACAAGUAAUCGUCUACACCGUCAACGCUCGGAAGGAAACUUCUGUCAUAGAUUCAGAAAGAGGGAGGCAGAUCGGCUCGUACUUUGGAAGUGUGCUGUGCUCCCUGGAUGUGGACAGGGAUGGGGUGACGGACCUCUUGCUGGUGGGGGCCCCCAUGUACAUGAACGAUCAACAGAAAGAAGAAGGCAGCGUCUACCUGUUCUCCGUCACCAAGGGUAUCCUGAACGAGCAGGGAUCCCUCAUCGGUCCCAACCAGACGGAGAACGCUCGCUUCGGAAUGGCCAUCUCUGCCAUCUCUGACCUUGACCUCGACGGCUACAGCGACGUUGUAGUUGGAGCCCCGCUAGAAGACGAAGGAAAAGGUGCCGUGUACAUCUACAACGGGAAGAAGAAGACAUUAAACAAACAGUUUACACAGAGAAUCAUUGGCUCCAAUUUAGAUCCUCACCUUCGGUAUUUUGGGAGGUCUCUCGAUAGCUACAAGGAUCUGAAUGAUGAUACAGUCCCUGACAUUUCCAUCGGUGCUUAUGGCGGAGUGGUGCAGCUGUGGUCCAGAGGUGUGGCGAGUGUUACAGCUACAGCUUCCUUCAGCCCCGAUAAAAUCGACAUGUUCAAGAAACCAUGUGACAUUAAUGGGCGUAAGCUGUCGUGUUUCAACACCAAACUGUGUUUCAGUGCUUCAUUCAGGCCCAAGAACCCUGUUGGACCCAUGGCUGUAUCGUACACUUUGACUCUGGACGCUGAUUUACAGAAUUCACGAGUGACAUCCAGAGGACUGUUUGUUAAAAACAACGAGCGCCUGCUGAAGGGAACGGCACAAAUACCCUCAACACCCCUGUGUCAAGACUUCAAGGUUUACGUUCAGGAGGCGCCGGACUUUGUGAAUUCUGUCAGUCUGAAAGUAGAAAUUGAACAAGAGAACGCAGACGUGAAUCCGGUCCUCGACAGGUUUUCUCCAAGUGCCUUUGAAUUCUUUAUCCCCUUCACCAAAGACUGUGGGUCCGAUGACGUGUGUGAAAGUGAUCUGGUGCUGACGGUAAAACCAGACGCUAAAGCGUCAAGCUCACGUCCCAUUCGGGUCAGCACCGGUAACAGAGAACUAACAUUUGAAGUCACUGUGAAGAACAAAAAGGAGAAUUCAUUCAACACGCAGGUCUCGGCCACCUUUUCCAGCAACCUCUACUACUCCUCCAUUGCUCUUACAGAUGAAGUCAAAUGUACUUUGACACAACCGGACACUGUCACUUGUCAAGUGGGAUACCCAGUACUAAAAAAAGAUGAAGAGGUGAAAUUUCUGAUCAGUUUCGACUACAGUUUUGAUCAGUUGCAAAACAAAGCUGAGGUGAAAUUUGAAGCCAAAAGCGAUGGUGAAGAGGAAACACCAGCAGACAAUAAAGUCCACAUACUCCUUCCUGUUCAGUAUGACACAGGGAUUGUACUGUCCAGGAAGUCAAAUAUCAACUUUUAUGUGGCAAACACAACAACCGCAGUGGCGACAAAUGUGAAAACUCUGGAUGACAUUGGCCCAGAGUUUAACUUUACAGUCAAGGUUUCAAUAGGUUACUUUCCAGUCAGUCUCCUUUAUCUGAACAUCACUUUGCCAGUGACAACGAAAGGUGGAAAUCCGCUCCUCUAUCUGACCAGUGUGCAAGCAGGAGGUUCGGUCAGCUGCGACUCCAGCGGCCUGGUUGAUCCUCUGAAGAUCGGUGUGAAGGAGCACAAAGUCUCGUUCUCCGAGGAGAACCUCAGGGGCAUAGAGAAACUGGACUGCGAGACUGCAAAAUGUGACCGUAUAAAAUGCAUUCUUAAAGAUGCCAAAGUAAAGAGCGACUACUUUGUGAAAGUUAAGACGAGGAUCUGGAGUGGCACAUUUGUUUCGGCAACCUAUCAGACCACCGAGCUGACCUCCAGUCUGGAUUUGGAGACCUCCAACCCAGAUCUGCUCCUUAUUGACCUGAAACACCAACCUGUGGUAGUGACCAUCAGCAAACCUGGAGAGAAAGGUGAAGUUCCCGUGGGAGUGAUAGUGGGCAGUGUGAUAGGUGGACUGCUGCUGCUGGCUCUGGCUGUCGGCCUUCUCUGGAAGUUUGGGUUUUUCAAAAGAAAGUACCAGCAGCUUCUGAAGGAUGUGGACGAUGAUGAAGAUGGAGAAAGCCAAGCUCCUGUUGACGAAGUGCUGUGAAGAGGAGGGAAAAACCCCCACGGCCUUCUCGCCUCAGAGGUUUACUUCCAGUGGGAAUAUCGGUACGUCCCGAGUACGAAAAAGACUACAAUCACUGGAAAUUGGGCACUUUAAUGAAAUGGAAGCUGAUUGGUUGUGGACAGCUGGAGUUCAACCUUCUAUCUGGUUUGAAGAGGAUUCGUGUCAUUGUUACGUGUAUACAUACACUCCUGCAUGUUUACAUGGCCCCCUGAGUUUUACACUGUAAAAACAUCUGCUGGAUGAAUUGCAACUGUGUG